CUUACGUUUCAGUUCCAAAGCAGUGCAGUUAUCGGAGCAGCGGAAAGUCCUGAACGACAGCAGCAACAGCAGCAGCAGUGGAAGCAGCUAGCGACGUUCUUGAAAAUUAUUCACAAACUCAAUAAAAUCUGAAAACUAAGCAGAGUCUGCCAAGACAUAAUUAAAUUAAAUUAUCAUCAAUUUAUUCGUUCGAAAAGGAGGCUAAUAAAUCGCAGCACAAUGAUGACAAACCGAAUUGCGUUCGCUGCCUUGGCCGUGAUGAGCAUCUGCCUGCUGGCCAUCUCGCGAACCGAUGCAGCCCCCAUGCCCAGUCAAAGCUCCAACGGCGGCUAUGGCGGCUACAACGAACUCGAGGAAGUGCCCGACGACCUCUUGAUGGAGUUGAUGACGCGCUUUGGUCGCACCAUAAUACGAGCACGCAACGACCUGGAGAACUCGAAGCGCACGGUGGACUUUGGCUUGGCGCGCGGCUACUCGGGCACCCAGGAGGCAAAGCAUCGCAUGGGCCUGGCCGCGGCCAAUUUUCCGGGCGGUCCUGGACGGAGGCGACGAUCUGAGACCGAUGCUUAAAUUUGGGCAACAACUACGCGAUAAUCACGAUAAUCUCUUACUUCAAGCGAAUUCUACAAACACGUUACAGGAAGUUACAAGAGCAAACUACAAUUUCCAUUCACUUGAUGCAAAUGUUUAAUUUUUAUUCGUGUUCCGAUUCGAUUCAAUUAAAUUUCUAUUACAACUAACUAUAUAUAUAUAUACGUAAAUAUAUAUAUUGGAUUUACUAUGUAUAACUUACACAAACACUGUCUGCAUAGCACAAAGAGUUUAAAAUGUUCUUAUAUAUACUAUAUACAUAUAUGUAUACCAUACUGCAAAUUGUUGCUACACUGUUGAAAAAGUUAUUGCACCAUCAAACUAUAAAUGUUAAGAUCAUGAUCCUCUCUCGCUCUCUCGCUCGUCUAAAUGUUCAAAAA